GUGGGUUUCUGGGGAUUUUUCAUUACUCCGUGCUGAGGGUAGACAAACAUCUUGAGCAUGGAGCUGGCAGCGACAUUGGUGUUCGAUGCGAUGCUGCAAUCAAAGCGAGCCGAGUGUCAUCUGGCCAUGAUCGAGGCCGCCAAGAAGCUGCUGGAAUGUCGAAACGACGUGAACGAAUCAAUGGCGCGCUUGCACGAGAUUGCCGAAGACGCGGACGCCAACUGCGACGACAACGCCGAAUUGGCGCGGUUGGUCGCUGAAAAGGGACAAGAGAUGGCGUUGUUGGUGCGGCUGAGGCAGCUGCUCAACCAUCGCCGCCUCAUCAUGCGCGUUGCCCACGCCAACACGAAGUACCUCGACAAGUCGCGACUUUCAUUGCGGAAUCGACAGCGCCGGCUUGUAGAACGAGCAUUCCAACGAGGACACUUGCAUGCACCGAAUAGUAGCUAA